GAAGUAAAGAUAAAAGUUAAAGUUAAAACACUGAACUGAACUGAAGUAUGAGAGUGAAGCACUUUUCUACUUUAAUGUGGAGAAAGUCAUUUAAUGUUCCUAAUAAAAGUUUUAAAAAGCCAACAUUAAAUAUGUAUGAUCAUUAUUUGAUUCUAGAUUUUGAAUGCACUUGUGAAAAGAAUACUAAAAUAAAAAAUCAGGAAAUAAUAGAGUUUCCCUGUGUAUGGGUUGAUUCAAAUUUAAAUAUAUUAUCAACAUUUCAUCGUUAUGUGAAGCCUCUCCAUAAUCCUACGCUUACUUCUUUUUGCACAGAGUUGACAGGUAUUACGCAGGAUAUGGUGGAAAAAGAAGAUACGUUUGACAUUGUGUUAUUGUCUUUUAUCGAAUGGUAUGAAAAUGUUCAAAAGAAUUUCAAUGAAGAAAGUAAAAAGAUUUUCGUUACCUGUGGUAACUGGGACUUGAAGAUAAUGUUACCAGACCAGUGCAAACUAUCUGGUAUUCCAGUACCAGGAUUCAUGAUGCAGUGGCUGAAUUUAAAAAAUGUUUUUAUGGAGUCAACCGGUUACUAUCCAAAGUCAUUGAAUGAUAUGUGUCAACAAUUAGGAUUGGGCUUCAUUGGAAGAGCACACAGUGGUAUAGAUGAUUGUAGAAAUAACUUAGAAAUAAUGAGAGCCCUAAGAUUGAAAUCUUCUAUGCCAAAUACGAAAUCUUUAUGAACUGAAUUACUACUUAUACAAAGAGGAAGGCAAAAUAUCAUUACAUCAAGACACUACAACUCUGCUUAGGUUAAGUACGAUUUUAUACAAAUUGAUAUUUAAUUCGAAUUGUUUGCUUCUUCAAAUACAUCAUGAAUUUAAAUACCAAUAAAAUAAUUUAAUAGAUGUUGUAACCUCAAAAUUUGGUUUUUUACAUUUAUGUGAAAUUUAAAUAUAACAGUUGAAGAACA